ACAUAUGGCGGGCUGAGAACAUGCCUGGCGCGCCAAAUCGACUUCUCUAUUUAGACCACGUAUUUUUGUAAUCAUGGCUCUCCAAUCAACACACCAACUUUCUUUGGAUUCAAAUCAAGAACAAGGCUUUCUCACCUAUUUACGUUCGAUGCCCGAGAAACCUGAAACAACAUUCAGAGUAUUUGACAGAACUGAUUACUACACAGUGCAUGGCCAAGAUGCUGUAUUUGCUGCCAGAGAGGUGUUCAAAACUCUGGGUGUCAUUAAACAUCUUGGAUCAGGUGCAAACAAGACGGAAUCGGUGGUACUUAGCAAGAUGAACUUUGAAUCGGUGGUACGGGACCUGCUGCUAGUAAGACAGUACCGAGUAGAGGUGUACAGUAACCAAGCUACAGGGAAAGCCAACAAUUGGACACUAGCAUACAAGGCUUCUCCAGGCAAUCUGACCCAGUUUGAGGAAAUCCUCUUCGGUAAUAAUGACAUGUCCAGCUCGGCCUCUGUCAUGGCGGUCAAGGUGACCGGAGAGAGCGGACAGAGACUGGUCGGGGUAGGGUACGCCGAUGCAACGCUGAGGGAGCUGGGCGUGUCAGAGUUUGCAGAUAAUGACCAGUUCUCAAACCUAGAGGCACUCAUGGUGCAGCUUGGCCCAAGAGAAUGUCUGCUGCCCUCUGGUGGUGACCCUAAUAAUCCUGAGUUCAGUAAGCUGAGACAGGUUGUGCAGCGUGGUGGGGUGCUCAUCACAGAUCGUAAGAAAGUGGACUUCACGACCAAGGACAUCAUUCAGGAUUUGAAUCGUCUUCUGAAGGUUGGGAGGAACGUAGAGCAGGUCAACAGUGCAGCCCUACCUGAGAUGGAGAAAACGAAUGCCAUGGGAUCCGUGUCGGCUCUUAUCAAGUACAUGGAGCUCCUGGGUGAUGAGACUAACUUUGGUCAGUUCAAGCUAACAACCUUUGACCUGAGUCAGUACAUGAAGCUAGAUGCUGCUGCUGUACGGGCUCUCAAUCUAACAUCAACUGGCCCAGAGAAAGACAUCAACGGAGGAAUGAGCCUGACCAGUCUACUCAACAAAUGCAAAACUGCCCAGGGUCAAAGGUUAUUAGGACAGUGGGUCAAGCAACCACUGCUUGACAAAAUUAGAAUUGAGGAAAGGCUAGACAUGGUGGAAACAUUCUUCAACGACCUAGAGCUUCGUCAGACGUUGCAAGAAGAGCCACUGAAGAGGGUUCCAGACUUCCAGCGCUUGGCCAAGAAGUUCCAGCGCAAGAGGGCGACGCUCCAGGACUGCUACAAGGUGUAUCAGGCUGUAGAUUAUCUUCCAAACUUGAUCGAGAUCCUAGAGAAGCAUGAGGGUGACAAGGCUCAUCUGCUCAGAGAACAUUUCUCUAAUCCUCUAACGGAGAUGCUGAUGGACUUCUCCAAGUUCCAGGAGAUGGUUGAGACGACCCUUGACCUGCAGCAGGUGGAGAACCAUGAAUUCCUCAUCAAGCCGGACUUUGAUGAAAACUUAAUGGUUCUGAGAACCAAGAUGGAUGAGCUUGAGGAUGAAAUCAAAACUCAGAUAAACAGGGCAGCGAGAGAUCUGGGAUUGGAAGCCAACAAGACUGUCAAGCUAGAGUCUAAUAAUAUGCUUGGAUACUUCUUCAGAGUCACAAGAAAGGAAGAGAAAGCCCUGAGAAAUAACAGCAAGUAUUCCACUAUAGACACCAACAAGAAUGGUGUGCGCUUCACAAACUCCAAGCUACGAGGGUUGAAUGAUGAACACAUGGCUGCCAAGGAGGAGUAUAACGAGACCCAGAAGGCUGUGGUGGAUGAGAUCAUUGGGAUAGCUUCUGGAUAUGUAGAGCCAAUGCUGAGUAUGAAUGACAUCACUGCACAACUUGAUGUACUAGUCAGCUUUGCCCAUGUAUCAGCUGGAGCUCCGAUCUCCUACGUCCGACCCACACUGCAUGCGCAGGGAGAGGGCCUCCUGCAUCUUGUACAGUCCAGGCAUCCGUGUCUAGAAAUGCUUGAUGAUGUGGCCUUCAUACCUAACAAUGUUACCUUUGAUAAGGACAAGCAAAUGUUCCACAUCAUUACUGGGCCCAACAUGGGCGGCAAGUCUACAUUUAUCAGACAGGUUGGUGUGAUAGUCCUGAUGGCUCAGAUCGGUUGCUUCGUACCCUGUGAUACGGCUGAGAUCUCCAUCGUGGACUGCAUCCUGGCCAGAGUAGGAGCAGGAGAUUGUCAGCUUAAAGGAGUCUCUACUUUCAUGGCUGAGAUGCUAGAGACAGCAUCGAUCCUAAGGUCUGCCACAAGCAACUCACUGAUCAUCAUAGAUGAGCUGGGACGAGGGACCUCUACUUACGACGGAUUCGGCCUAGCAUGGGCCAUUUCAGAAUACAUCGCCAGUAAGAUCUGCGGCUUCUGCCUGUUUGCAACCCACUUCCAUGAGCUGACCGCCCUAGCUGAUGUCAUCCCUACGGUCAAUAAUCUUCAUGUGACUGCUCUAACAUCAGACGGUCAGCUCACACUCCUCUAUAAGGUCAAGCCUGGUGUAUGCGAUCAGAGUUUCGGUAUCCAUGUGGCAGAGCUUGCUCACUUUCCACAGAAGGUUAUUGACUUUGCCAGAGAGAAGGCAGCAGAGCUUGAAGACUUCCAGAGCAUCGCAUCAUCUGCGGCGGCUAGUAUGGAGGGGCUGGAUGAACCCACGGCUAAGAAACGCAGAGUAGAAAAGCAGGAAGGAGAAGCGAUCAUACAAGACUUUGUGUCAAAGGUCAAGCUACUACCCCUUGAUGACCUCUCAGAAGAUGACGUCAUGAGCAAGCUACAGUCCCUCAAGGCAGAGGUCCAAGCUAAAGGAAAUGCUUACAUUGAAGAAUUGCUCUCCAGGGGAACAUAGGGAGUGUUGUUAAAACACAUGCUCCAGCGACAAUUGCUCCCUGUAGACAAUGUCCUCCACUAACCAAAGUCUGACCUUCAAAUCUGGAUCAAUACAUUUUCCUACCCCAACCCCAAGCCUAAUAAUAUACUAUCCCUAAUAUAUUUUAAUAAUAAUAAUAAUGAUGGUGGCUUCUUAUAUAGCGCACAUGUCCGUCAUGUUGUGACGCUCCUGGCGCUGCCCCGAUUAUUAUUGAGCAGUGCCCCAGGGAGAAGACACUUAGGAGAAAGAAGAAAAAAAAGAAGAUAUUUUUGUAUACAGACAAACCGGAGACUUAUCUGCGACUAUGUUACAAUCCACUGCCCAAAUUGCCAGGCUCAGUAAUCUCAUAUUUCAAACAUUCAUAACUUUCUUAUUAUUGGUCCAAUUUAUUUCAAACUUGCGCCAUUCGGUUUAUCUUAUCUUUCUGCUUUCGUACAAAUGAACUUAUUUCAAGGGUUGGAUUGCCCUUUUAAGUCUAUUCAACAGUAGUUGUGAAGUAUCCAAAUGAUGGAUGACGGUCUUAAUAUGAUAAGUUUAUGCGAACGUAUUCUGACUCCUGGGACCCGUUUCACAAAGCAUUUUUUCAACGACAAAUGACAAAAAUCAGUGACAAAUCUGCUAAUACCAAUCAGAAGCAAGGAUUUCAGUAGCUUAUAACAAUAACUGUCAUUUGUCACUGAUGAGAAGUUUUGUGAAACGCCCCCCUGAUAUGUAAUAUCCACAUAUUGAUGAUUAACUGAAAUCUCUGGUUCUUUUUUUCAUUAUCUGAUGUAAAGAAGAAUGGUUCUGCUGUACAUCAGAUAAUAUAUUGAAUGUUUUGUAUACCAAGAGGUAGUCAUUCUCAUUAGAGCUGAAUCCCUCCUGGUUUUGAGUAGAUGGUUUGAUGAUGCUUUGACAUAAUCUUGUAAUGCUAUAUAGUCAUUCUAUAUAUUCAUGUUCAAUGAAUCAGUUCAAAAUGAUGUUUGCUUUUGUUCCCCUUCUACUAUGGUAAUUUUUUAUGACCACAACUUGUCCUUGAUGUUUGCCUGAUAUAGCAAUAACAAUUAAAUGCAACCUGCAGUUAAUAAUGAAACCUAAUACCCUUCCUGAGUGAAAGGAAUAGUAAUAAUAAUAAUAGUUCAGUUUUUGUAUAGCCCGUAUUAUGCGCUAUACAAGUCAUAACUACUAUAGCGCAUAAAACGUUAUGAAAUAACAUCUCUAUGCGCUUCCAAAGAACUUUGGAAAUUAUUACCCUAGCUUUAGCUUUGGCAGCCGUUAUAAGCGCUCAGUGCAUUUCAAGGAAUAAUCCUACCAGGCCCCCCCCCCCCAAGAACGGAGAUGCUCAAAAUAGCCCAGUACAGUAAGGGUUAAAACAGCUUAGCAUCCACCUGUAUAUAAAGACUAUUUGUCUAUGAAGAUAACAUUUUCUGUUCCCCGUAAAGAGUAUUUCUCAUUGAAACAUGUACUAAAAGUGAACCUGUCCAUAAAGACCACAUUUUUUGUCUUCCUUGAGUAUGUAUACCUAUAUGUUUCAGUGUAUGAUAUUUCAGUAGAUAUACAAGUCUUCCAGUAAUGUAUGUAUGAUAUGUGGCAUGGUCAUGUAAUAAAUUCAGGUUAUAAGUGUUUAUUCAUGGAAUGUGUCAACUUGUGUUCUUGUACACGCAAGUUUGGAAUUGCUAAAAGUGCCAAAAAAUAUUGUUUGUAAUCAAAGAUGAUAAUCUUUGUAUAGUGUAUAUACAUUUAUGUUUCUAAAAAACUAAUAAAAGUAACAUGUUUUCAUGGAAU